CCCAACCAUAAAGAAAAAAAAUGAAGUGUUUUACAUGUUGUUUUCGUACUAAUUCCAAUUACAAGAAAAUCAUCACAAAAAAGCCAUGUAGUAAUAGUAGCAACAAGAUCAAUAGUAUCUCUCCUCAAGCUCUCCAGGAUUUGCUCGAGACUCGCGAAAAUGGUGAAGAUUUUGUAGCCAUUAAUGGUACAAAAGAAGAAGUUGAUCACCAGGACGAGAUUGUGAAAUCCAUUAACCUCAUCGAAGAAUCAAAGGGUAUAAUUAGCAGAGAGAAUUUACUCGAGUUCGAUGAGAAUGGCGAAGCUUAUGUAGACGCCAUUAAUGCUAAAAAGGAAGAAGCUCGACACAAGAUUGUAAACUCCAUUAACCUGUUUGAAGAAUCCAAAGACGAGGAGGAAGAAGAAGAGUUGAAUAAAAGCAAUAUAAAGAAUUUGCUCGAGAGACGCAAAAAUGAUGAGGGCUUAUUAUCAAAACAAGUUUCUGCAAAUUGCUCAGAGUAUCUGAGCAAUUUGCAGAAACAUAACGGAGAAGAAGAAGAAGAAGUGGACACGGUUUCAAAUUCAAGUGUGUCAAGCUAUAUAUCUUAUCCUCAAAAUCAUCGAUAUCAUUGCUGCAGAAACAGCAAUGAUGAAUUCGAAGAUAUUGAUCUCGAAGAUGAAGCUAACAAUAAUGAUGAUGGAAAUGAAAUGAUUCUUCAAGAGUCGUCUUACGAGUCAUUAUUUUCACUCUCCAUAGACGACUCCACUCGGAAUGGAAAUAAUCCCUUCCCCGAAAUCAUGUAUGACAAGGAGGAGGUCAACAGUCCAUUGAAACCUAUGUUGCUCAGACGUUUCAAAAAUGCUGACAGACUUGUAACGGAUCCUCAAGAAGUAGUGCAUUUUCAACACGGGUGUGACAACAAUUUUGAAGAGUCAGAGCAACAUAGAUUACUAGUGUUGAAUCCAAUUCGAAAUCCAUGUCUAUUGAAAGACACCGGCAUUACAACGCCUCCAUCACUAUUGAAUCAACAAGAGGAGAAGGAGAACAUUGAUAUGAAUCUUCUUGAUUUUAGUACCACGUAUAAUCGUGCAAAAGACGAGCCUAGUUUGAAGCGCCAAGAGAAUGAAAUCGCGGUUGAUGCUAGUCUUUCGAGCUGGUUAGUUGAAUGUUCUCAAGACGACACGCCAAAUUCUAAAAACAGUGUUGGUUCUGUCGGAAAUUCACAUUCAGAGAAACGCGUAGGGCUUAUCGAUAGACCAAUUUUAGGAGCAUUGACAGUAGAAGAGCUCAAAGAUGAAAAGCCCAUUGUAAUAGGGACUAUUGGGAGCUAUUUGAGACAUACAGGGCAAGCUAAUAGCAUUUCAUCUUACUGAGGCAUUUCGUCGAGCAGGUAGCACGCUCCCGGGAGGAGGUAUACGUGCUUUAUUUUUUCAUGUGUUAUGUUAAGUUUGUAUUGCUAUUCCAUAUUCAACGAUUCAAUUGUUUAAUAGAUAGUCAAAUUUGUAAAGCA